GUCGCUCCACAGCGGCCGAAGGGGCGGGCUCGCGGGCUGAGGGCGUUUAAGCUGCUCUCCACUCGCUCGGUGGCGCAAGAUGGCGGACAUCUCCCUGGAUGAGCUCAUUCGGAAGCGCGGAGCGGCAGCGAAGGGACGGAUCAGUGCUAGACCAGGAGUUGGAAGUGUCCGAUCUCGAGUUGGGAUCCAGCAGAGUCUUCUUAGCCAGCCAACACGUACAGCCACCUUCCAGCAGAGAUUUGAUGCACGGCAAAAGAUUGGCCUCUCGGAUGCCCGGCUCAAGCUGGGAGUCAAAGAUGCCCGGGAGAAGCUUUUGCAGAAAGAUGCUCGGUUUCGUAUCAAAGGAAAAGUGCAGGAUGCCAGAGAGAUGCUGAACUCCCGAAAGCAACAGAGCACAGUGCCACAGAAGCCCCGGCAGGUGGCGGAUGCCCGGGAGAAGAUCAGCUUGAAGAGGAGGUCCCCUGCUGCCUUCACAAGCCCUCCCAUUGGGACAGUGACCCCUGCUCUGAAGCUCACCAAAACCAUCCAGGUUCCACAGCAAAAGCCCAUGGUGCCACUUCAUGCCCAUCCUGCUGGAAUGAGGAUCAACGUUGUCAAUAACCACCAGGCCAAACAGAAUUUAUACGACCUAGAUGAAGAAGAUGAUGUUGUAACACCCGUUCCUACUAAACAGAUGAAGUUUGCAGCCUCUGGUGGCUUUCUCCACCAUGUGGCUGGGAUGAGCAGUUCCAAGCUCUCCAUGUCCAAGGCGCCCCCUCUCACCAAAGUGGUUCAGAAUGAUGCAUACACUGCUCCUGCUCUCCCCUCCUCAAUUCGAACGAAAGCCUUGACCAACAUGUCCCGGACACUGGUGAACAAGGAGGAGCCCCCCAAAGAGCUGCCGCCUGCUGAGCCUGUCCUCAGCCCCUUGGAAGGCACCAAGAUGACAGUGAAUAAUCUGCACCCUCGAGUCACUGAAGAGGACAUUGUUGAGCUUUUCUGUGUGUGUGGAGCCCUCAAGCGGGCUCGGCUGGUCCAUCCUGGGGUAGCAGAGGUGGUCUUUGUGAAGAAGGAUGAUGCUAUCACUGCAUAUAAGAAAUACAACAACCGGUGUCUGGAUGGGCAGCCAAUGAAAUGUAACCUUCAUAUGAAUGGGAAUGUUAUCACCUCAGACCAGCCCAUCCUGCUGCGGCUGAGUGACAGCCCCUCAGUGAAAAAGGAGAGUGAGCUGCCUCGGAGGGUGAAUUCUGCCUCCUCUUCCAACCCUCCUGCUGAAGUGGACCCUGACACCAUCCUGAAGGCACUCUUCAAGUCUUCGGGGGCCUCUGUGACCACACAGCCCACAGAAUUCAAAAUCAAACUUUGAGAGGGCAGUGAGGCAGCCAGAAGUGGGGCAGAGGAAGGUGGCUCUGUUUCCCAAGGCAAAGCUUGUGACCAAUGGGCCGUCGGACUGAAGCCCCCUGAGCGUGGGAAGGGUCGCCAGGGGUAGAGCUUCCUCACUGGACAGGACCCGCCUUUCUGUGUUUGUGUUCUACCCUGUACUCUUCUGUAUGUUAACAUUUUUUCCUGUAGUUUGUUUCUUCUCCCUCCACCUCAUCACCAAGGUAGGCCUGUGUUUCUCAGAAUGUGCCUCCCUGCCCUCAGUCCCAAGCUGAUAGCUUACCUGAAAAUGGUGCACUAAGCUCCUGGAUAGUGUUCUUAUGGCCCUGUGGGAAGCAGGGCAGGGCUUUUGGAAGACAUUGCUUUUUCCAUGGGCAGAGAAAUUGCCUUCCCUUCUCUUUUUUAAGUUUUUCAAACAAAGCAGGGAGUGAGAACCCCUGCUGUGCUAAUAGGAGCCAGAUCAGCUUGAUAGCAGUGCCACUCACCCACCCAGUCAGUGGGGGUGUCCUGGGCAGGGAUCAGGUCACAGGUCACAGGUCUAUUGUCCUCUCUAGACCUGAGUACUGAUCAGGUCUGUGGCAAGGGCAGGAUGAGGCUCCUGCUCUGCUAGGAGCAAUGUAACACCAGCUCUUGGCCUUGGUGGGGCCUCUGCUGUCUUAGGCAACCCAGAGUGAAUUUCCAGAAUCUGUAUGUUUCCCUUGUUCUUGGAACAGUGCUGAAUUCCCAAGUCUAGUUCACUCAUCCUUUUGGGUGUCAUUGCUGGAUGAGGCCCAAAUUAUAUCCCUCUUGGUUCUCCCCUCACCUGGUGGUUAUCAUACCUGGUUUUGGUGCAGGUGCCAGUUUCCUGCUGCUUGGGCCGUUAAAAGGCCCUGCCCCCGUUCUGCAGCUCUGUAUGAUGGGAGGUGUUGGCUUGCUUCUGGCUCUGCCUUUCUGCCCUUAGUUGUAUAAGACAACAGUCAAAGAUGCCAGCAGCAUGUAUCCAGCUGCCACCAAGGGACAUUAUCACACUCUUGAGUGACCCUUCAGGGGAGCAGGGCAGUCCUACCAGGCACACUGUGGCCGCUUCUCCAGUCCCCAUCCCAGGCAGUUUGGGGCAAAGCUGUAGGACACAGGUGUGUGCUGUGGAUGCCAGGGCAGCAUUGCUCCUGGGGUCACUCAGCACACCCCUGCUGAAUUGUUGGAACUGUAGAGAAUCCAGGCUGUAUGAACUGGAGCAGGGUGGGGAACAGGAUUCCAGGAGCACUACAAAAUCAGUAGCACGUGCUGAGAAAGGCACAAGCCCAGGAAGCAAAGGUAGCUGAGACCAUGCACUUCUCAAGACUUGCUUGAGGCUAGCCCAACAAAGAGAACCUAGACACUCAAGUGCCCCAGAGUUAAAUCUACCAAGCAGGAAGGAUCCAGAGUUUGAGCCCAGCUUCAGUCCUCAGAUUUCCAGGCCGGGGAAUCCAGAAAGGGUGCCUGGGGUGCUCCACUUUCCCCUUCUUUAAAGAUUGCUGCUUCUCUUCUCUCACCCUCUUGGAAUGGUUCAAAUGUAUUUCUCUUUAGCAGCUGGAAGACAUUCCUCCUAUACUUUACCCUUCCUGACUCAAGAGAGCACCCAAAAGGCACUAGGGCCUGACUUCUCAAGUACUAGGAACAGUUGAACCACUGUUUGGACUUACAUAGAACAGGGAUGGUAGAUGCCCUGCCUGCAGCUGUACCCUCCCCUCUUGUUCCCAAGCAGGUGUGCUCCAGUUGUCACAGAAUUGCCCUGAGUUCAGCUGCAGCCUCCUGGCCAUGUGGUGCAUUGAGGGGAAGGAGACUUAUUUGCCUUCCCUGCUCUACAGGAUGUCUUCCUGGGAAACUGAAGAAAAGGUGGUUGGCCAACCCUGUGUCCUUUUCCCAUUCUACAUUACUCAUCUGUGUCUUUUGUUCAGGAGAGGAAAAGGCAUUAAGGGAUGGAGGUGACUCUGUAUUACUUUCCAUUUCUGAAUAAAUGUUUGUUAUUCCUACCUUUGAGCUGUAGUUUCUUAGAUUGUGCUACGUGGUCUAAGUGAGAGCUGUCACCAGAAAGCAGGCAUUUGCCUCUUUGUGUUACUGUUCACUGGCCAUGUCCUUUGGGCCUUUCCUCCCAGAAAUCAUUGAACCUCAGUCUCUAUAGCUGAGUGGGUGUAAGCGAUAACAUCUGAGAAGCACUUGACAUGGGAACUCCAUCUUCUAGGCCUGAAGUGAGCACAGUCCAUUCCACCAUAGUGUUAGAGCACUGUUUACAGGGAACUAGGGAGCCAGGCUGAGGUCCUUUGCCUUGCUCUAAAGAAAUUCUACUCAUGGGUGGAAUUUGCCUCUUGGUUACUGAUGACUGAUUUCGUUGUAUUAAAAAGUAGGUACGUGCACUUGGGAGGGGGA